AUGGCAGGCGACGCGCCGCCGAUGAAGAGGCCCAAGCUGGAGAAGGACGACGGCUGGUCCCGCCACCCCUCCGCCGCCAACGGCUCCGCGCCCAGGCCCCCCGCCGCCUCCCCCAGCCAGGCGCCGCCGCCGGACGGGGAGGAGGACGACGGCGAGCUCCCGGAGGAGGCCGUGCUCGCGCUCAUCGCCCACCACGAGCGCGAGGUCGAACGCUACAAGCUCAAGGUACAUCUCACCUCCCCGCUCCCGUCCCCCCUUUGGUUCUUGGUGAUGAAAGAUCGAUCCUCGCGUCCGCAGCUGGAAGCCGCCGAGAGGAAGCUGGCCGACACGCGGUCGAGGCUCGCCCGGCACCGAGGCCGCGCCCCCAAUCGGAGCCACCCGCCCCCGCCGCCGCCACCGCCCGUCCAGAAGGCCGCCGCGCCGGAUCGCAGGACGCCGCCACCGAGCCAGAGGGAGGCCCCCAAGCCGGCGGCGCAGAGCCAGAAGCCCCCCGCGCCGCAGGCGAGGCCGCAGCUCGUCAUCCCGGGGGCAGGCCACAGCCGUCCAGCCCCGCGGCCCGCUUUGCCCGUACCGAAGAAGUCCCCGUCGUCAUCGUCGCCGUCUUUGGCGCAGGCGCCGCAGAGGAAGGCGGACAAGAAGCCCAAGCGAGAGAUCGUGCAGAGAGAACAUCAGAACUUGGUUCAGAGCGUCAAGAAGUCGUCUGCGCCGACGACGCUUAAGUUCUACGGCGGCACCCUGGUCUCCAGCCAGCACAAGAGGAAGCUUAGGUGUCUUGAGCUGUGCCCUGCUGAUGACCAGCUCGUCGUUACAAGUGCAUUGGAUGGAAUGGUGACUCUCUGGCAAGUACAGUCAAGUGGGCCAUCCAUCUCUUUGCUUAGCACUACAAAUUGCUUUUCUUCAAAGCAAAGGUGGCCUGAGGAUGUAGCUUGGCAUCCAGAUGGUGACACAAUUUUUGCCGUAUAUACUGCUGAUGGUGGUGACACCCAGGUUUCAAUGAUGAAUCUUAACACAUCAGGACAAAAGAAAGUUACUUUCCUGCAAGCGAAGCCUCAUACCAAGGGAAUCAUAAACAACAUAAAUUUCAUGCCCUGGUCUGAUACAUGCUUUAUGACUGGUGGAAGUGACCAUGCCGUCGUGCUCUGGCAAGAGAAAGACGAUUCAUGGAACCACAAGAAAGUGCACAGGGAUCUGCAUUCUUCUGCUGUCAUGGGUGUUGCCGGUUUGCAACAGAGAAAAACAAUAAUAUCAGUCGGAAUGGACAAGAGGAUAAUAUCAUAUGAUGUCUCAGCUGAAAGGGCAGAGUACAAGAACCUGAUUGAUAGCAAAUGCUUGAGCGUGUUACUAAAUCCAAGUGAUUUCAACCUAUACAUGGUACAAACAGGGUCGCCAGGGAGGCAGCUUCGCUUGUUUGACAUCAGGCUGAGGCAGACGGAGGUUCACGCGAUCGGUUGGAAGCAAACGAGCAGCGAGUCCCAGUCAGCCCUGAUAAACCAGUCGUGGUCUCCGGACGGCUGGUACUUAUCAUCUGGGUCAGCAGACCCUGUGAUCCAUAUCUUCGACAUAAGGUACCAAGGCCAGAAGCCCUGCCAGUCGGUGCAGGCGCACCAGAAGCGGGUCUUCAAGGCCGUCUGGCACCAGACCUUCCCAGUUUUGACCUCCAUCUCGUCGGACCUCAACGUCGCGAUCCACAAAUACUGA